AAAAAAAAGAAAAAGUGCAGGAAGGAGUGCAUCUUCCCUCCCCCGCCUCACCCGGGCUGAGGAACUCGACGACCCAGAAUGGAGUCGUGGAGCCACCAGCUGGCUGCGCGCCGCCUUUUUAUCUCUGGCUCCCUUUGCGCAGCUUUCCCAGAGGCCCAGCAGAAGGGCGUCCAGAGCUCAGUCCAAGUACCCCUUCCGGAGAGCCCCACCUUGCUGACCUUCUUUUGUCGCCUCCAGGAGGCAGAAUUCAAGGUUGACGUGCCCGAGUACCUGGGACCGCUGCUCUUCGUGAAACUGCGCAAACGGCGCCUCCUUCAGGAUGACGCGUGGUUCUGCAACUGGAUCUCCGUGCAGGGCCCCGGGGCCAGUGGGGACGAGUUAAGGUUCCCCUGUUACCGCUGGGUGGAGGGCGAUGGCGUCCUGAGCCUACCCGAGGGCACUGGCCGCACGGUGGUGGACGACCCUCAAGGCUUGUUCAAGAAACACAGGGAGGAGGAGCUGGAAGAGAGAAGGAAGCUGUACCGGUGGGGUAACUGGAAGGAUGGGUUAAUUCUGAGUGUGGCGGCAGCCGGAAUAUGUGACCUUCCUGUAGAUGAGAGAUUUCUGGAGGACAAGAGAAUUGACUUUGAGGCUUCACUGGCCAAGGGGCUGGCAGAGCUAGCUGUCAAAGACUCUUUAAAUGUUCUGACUUGCUGGAAUGAUCUGGAUGACUUCAACAGGAUUUUCUGGUGUGGCCAGAGCAAGCUGGCUGAGCGGGUGCGGGACUCCUGGAAGGAGGAUGCCUUAUUCGGGUACCAGUUUCUCAACGGCGCCAACCCCAUGUUGCUGAGGCGCUCCAUUCACCUUCCUGCCCGCCUAGUGUUCCCUCCAGGGAUGGAGGAGCUGCAGGCCCAGCUGGAGAAGGAGCUCGAGGGAGGCACACUGUUUGAAGCUGACUUCUCCCUGCUGGAUGGGAUCAAGGCCAACAUCAUCCUGUGUAGCCAGCAGUACCUGGCUGCCCCUCUGGUCAUGCUGAAACUGCAGCCCGAUGGGAAACUCUUGCCCAUGGUCAUCCAGCUCCAACUGCCAUGUGUGGGAUCCCCACCCCCGCCACUUUUCCUGCCCACGGAUGCCCCGAUGGUCUGGCUCCUGGCCAAAUGCUGGGUCCGUAGCUCUGACUUCCAGCUUCACGAGCUGCAGUCACAUCUUCUGAGGGGACACUUGAUGGCGGAGGUCAUCGCUGUGGCCACCAUGAGGUGCCUUCCAUCGAUACAUCCUAUCUUCAAGCUUGUAAUUCCCCACCUGAGAUACACCAUGGAAAUUAACAUCCGGGCCAGGACUGGGCUGGUCUCUGACAUGGGGGUUUUCGACCAGGUGGUGAGCACAGGUGGGGGAGGCCACGUGGAGCUGCUCAAGCGAGCUAGAGCCUUUCUGACCUACAGCUCGUUCUGUCCCCCUGAGGACCUAGCUGACCGGGGUCUCCUGGGCGUCCAGUCUUCCUUCUAUGCCCAAGAUGCCCUGCGGCUCUGGGAAAUCAUCUCUCGCUACGUGGAGGGAAUUGUGAAUCUCCAUUAUAAGACGGACGAGGCUGUGAAAGAGGAUCUCGAGCUGCAGGCCUGGUGUCGAGAGAUCACUGAAAUGGGGCUGCUAGGAGCCCAGGACCAAGGGUUUCCCGUGUCCUUGCAGUCCCGGGACAAGGUCUGCCACUUUGUCACCAUGUGCAUCUUCACCUGCACUGGCCAGCAUUCCUCCAACCACCUGGGCCAGCUGGACUGGUACACUUGGGUCCCUAACGCACCCUGCACGAUGCGGCUGCCCCCGCCGACCACCAAGGAUGCGACACUGGAGACAGUGAUGGCAACACUGCCCAACUUUCAUCAGGCUUCUCUCCAGAUGUCCAUUACUUGGCAGCUGGGCAGACGCCAACCUGUUAUGGUGGCUCUGGGCCAGCAUGAGGAGGAGUAUUUUUCAGGCCCUGGGCCCAAGGCUGUGCUGAAGAAGUUCAGAGAGGAGCUGGCUGCCCUGGAUAAGGAAAUUGAGAUCCGGAAUGCAAAGCUGGACAUGCCCUACGAGUACCUGCGGCCCAGCCUGGUGGAAAAUAGUGUGGCCAUAUGAGUGCCCCACGCGUUUCGUUGUUUCAGUCCCUUCCACCCAGGCCAUGACACCACCCCUUGGUGCUUUCUGUCUUGUCCUCCCCAAAUUCCACCCUCCUCCUAUCUCCCACCCUCAUAAAGAGUCUACCUUUUCAUUGUCUAUGCCCACAGUGGACAAAUUUUACCCUAGAUGCACCACGUAGGGGCCUUGUUCCCUCUUCCGCCCUCCCUCCCUUUCUCCCUUCUUCCCUCAUCAUUCAGAUCUCCUAUAGGACAGAUAACAGCCACAUGUAUAUAAACUGUUUCAAGAAUAGAAUAGGGUAAUAAUACAUAUUACUGUACACCUUUUAUAAUUUUGAACCUAAUUCAAGUAUAACAACAAAAAGAUAUUUUAGACUAACGAAAGAAAAGAACUUAGAUCAAAUUAUCCUAAAUAAAAUAUUGGCAAAAGAAUAUAACACAUCUUUCUAACUGGAUGGGAUUUACCACAUGUCCUGAAGCCACACACAACACAAAGCAAAUCAUUAACACAGUGAUUCUCAAGAUUUUCAUUUCACAGCCCACUUAGAAAGUGAUAAAUGGAAGUAAAGCGGUAAAGCUGAAGAAGCUGCUCCCCGCCGGGAGGUGUCUGGCCUUCCGGUUUCACCUGGGGCAUCCAUAGCUAUAACCCAUUUGCAGUCCACCAUUUGGAGGGAGCCUCAAAUAACAGUAAUUAACUGGAAAAACAGUAAAAAAUCUCAUGAUUAUUUUAGUGAAUGACAACAAAGUAAUCAAAAUCCAACUUCUAUAUCUGAUUAAAA